CUGACUCUGUGACAGUUCCAUACCCAAACGCUACCACAUAUGACAAUAUAGCUGUUUUUGAAAGUUCAUUGAAUAAGCCUAGUUCUAAAUCUACACAUUCCUCCACAGCUGCAGUAAAGUCGUCUGCUAGCGAUGCAACUGAAAACCGAGAAGCAGUUAUGGGCAGUCCAGUUGUCGCCAGGGGGACUGGUCAUGUCAACUAUGGCCAGUAAACGGAAAGAUGCCAUCUUAGCCAUGGGCAUUAAGGUUACAAGUACAAAGCAACCAGUGAAAGAAAGGAAAACGCUGUGGAGUCGCCUGAAGGUUGGGUAUGCGCAAGGGCCCUUGUCUCUACUGACUCGCUGUGUUAAUGACAGAAUCUUGGUUAGUGUAACCACGAGAAAUAGACGAGAAGUGAGAGGAUGUUGCCGAGGCUACAUAGUGGCUUUUGACAAGCAUAUGAAUUUGGCUAUGGUUGAUGUGGACGAGACAUACAGGAACCCGCAAUGGCUGAGCAAGUCUGGCCGCCGGAGGUUGAGGAAAGCCCAGAGUUGUCAGCAGGGGAAAUCAAUAGACGAAAGUGUGAAAAAAGGAGAUGAAAGUGAUCCAGGUUUGGAGUGGAGGACAGGAGCAAGUAACAGUGGAGAUAGAACAUCAGUAGAGAAUCAACCAGACGUAAGCCUGGUAAACAUGAACAUUGAUAGGACACAAGACACUGGUGGGAAAACCGCGGUAAAUUAUCAGUGUGUGCUCAAGGAACUAUCACGUCAUGUUAAUCAGCUCUUUAUCAGGGGCGACACUGUCGUUACAGUUAUUCCUGUUAAAUAAAGUAAUAACCAUCAACACCCUUGA